AUGGACAAUGAAGCUGCAGUUGGAGGGGUUUUCGCGGGGAGCGUCCAAACCACUCGUUCCCGCCGGCGACAUGUAGGAAAGCGAGAUGUCGGCAUUGCCGGUCAGGCAAGCUGGAUUAGCAGCGUGAUCAAUCUGCUGAACACCAUCGUCGGUGCUGGAGUCUUAGCGAUGCCUCACGCCUUGUCACGGAUGGGAAUUACCCUGGGCGUGUUUGUGAUUCUGUGGUCCGGAUUGGUUGCUGGGUUCGGUCUCUAUCUGCAGGCGAGAUGUGCUGAAUACCUGGAAAGAGGAUCUGCUUCGUUUUUCGCAUUAUCCCAGAUUACAUACCCCAAUGCGGCCGUCCUUUUCGAUGCGGCCAUUGCUAUCAAAUGCUUCGGUGUCGGCGUCAGCUAUUUAAUUAUUAUCGGCGACUUAAUGCCAGGAGUUGUUGAGGGAUUCAUGGGAGACACGGGCAUGGAAUUUCUUUUAGACAGGCAUUUCUGGGUGACGGCUUUUAUGUUGAUCAUUAUCCCUAUUUCUUUUUUGCGCCGGCUGGACUCGUUGAAAUAUACCAGCGUUGUCGCCUUGAUUUCGAUUGGCUACCUCGUUAUUCUCGUCGUUGCGCAUUUUAUCAAAGGAGACACUAUGGAGGGCAGGAGUCCCAUUAGGGUAAUUCAAUGGGAAGGGAUAAUACCCGCCUUGAGUGUCUUUCCCGUUAUUGUUUUUGCGUAUACGUGUCAUCAAAAUAUGUUUUCUAUUCUUAACGAACUUUCUAAUAACAGUCAUUUCCGGACCACCACCGUGGUCGCUGCAAGUAUCGGAAGCGCCGCUGCAACUUACGUCCUCGUCGCAAUCACAGGAUAUUUGUCCUUUGGCGAUGCUAUCCAAGGUAAUAUUGUGGGGAUGUAUGCUCCAUCUUUAUCUUCCAAUAUUGCUCGUGCCGCCAUCGUCGUUUUGGUCAUGUUCUCCUAUCCUUUACAAGUCCAUCCCUGUCGUGCAUCCGUCGAUGCAGUUCUGAAAUGGCGCUGGAACUCAAAAGGAUCAUCCGGUUCUUCAAACGUGUCGCCGCAUCGUAAUCCGCUUUUACCUCGUUCAGAUAGACAGCCUGAGGAAAUGGGCGACACUCGUUUUGCUGCCAUUACAACCGUUAUCAUUGUUCUGAGUUAUAUCGUCGCUAUGACGGUUUCUUCCCUUGAAGCCGUCCUUGCUUACGUUGGCAGCACCGGAAGCACGAGCAUCAGCUUCAUCCUUCCUGGCCUCUUCUACUACAAGAUAUCGUCUCCAGAAUCCGCUCUUCAUCAACGAAUCAUGAAAGAGGAUGAUGAGGCCGGUGCUGACGGCUUUUCGGAUGAUUCUGCCGAUGAAGAAAUCAUGGGCAGCGGCCUCCUCGGCGGAAGCGGGCUUCUCUCUUCCAGCGGUAUUCUGCGCCGGCGUCGAAGACACUGGAAACGGGGUCUUCUCCGUAAGCUCAGCUUGGCUCUAGCAGUGUACGGAAUCGUGGUGAUGGUUGUUUGCCUGGUUACGAAUACAUUUUUCUUGGCAACAAAUGGGUCCUAAGAAACAAUAAUCGCCCCGCUGGUCCUCAUUAUCUACAUUAUUUCGUUUACGGGGCAGCCGGCUUUUCACAACGGACGGCAGACAAUGCGAUUUUAACCAACCGGAGUCAUUUGCUUUGAAUUGGCACAGUUUAGGCGCAUUAUCCCGGGUUUUGGGCUUGAAAUGGACCUCUGAUUUUGCUCACAAACGCUGUCCAUCAAGCUGAGCUUGAGAGUAUACUCUUCGAUACCCUUGACCGGAUUACUUUUACUUCGUCGACUAAACACUUAUCAUUUAUCCCAUUUAUUACAGACACAAUCCCUAAACUUACCCGGUUCUCCAGGGCCAUUUCUACAUUUUUAUACACUCCCAGUCUAUUCCCUUUCUGCUGAGUGUAAAUACAGAUAUACUUUUCCCGAUUUGGUGGAGUUGAGAUUUAGCGGCUUGUAUGGAGUACACGUUAUUGCAUUUUCUGAUAGUAAACGUUCAAGUACCUUUUGGCUAGUUCAACAUUGUUUUUUCGUUGGGUAUUAUUGGUAGUGAAACGAAAUAUGAAAUUAUAUUGAAGUACUACUUGAGUGGCGACGAGAACAGUCGAAUAUAAUGCCUAAUGAAUAAGGAAAAAUUGGAAACUGGAAAACUGAUGCCGAAAACUAAGGCAACCAAGCAAAAAUUCUGCAGCCACUGGGCGAAGUUGUGCUUUCGAUUGUUCAAGAGAGUAGAAAUACAGAGGGAACGAGAUGCUCGGUCUACAAAGGAAAGAAAACAUAACUCUCGUCAAUUUCUGAGUCAUACGCUGCGCCGUGUUUUACACGUUCCGGCGGUUUAGUUGUUGCUCUGGCUAUUGAGGAUCCUCAGGAUAGCCAAGAACAAGUUGAUAACAUCCAAGUAGAGUGAGAUGGAUGCGGCAAUCUCCUCCUCAACAUGAUGAUGUCGCAUAACCAGCUGGGUAUCGACGAGGAUGUACGCACUGAAGAUCAGGGCUGCAAUUGAGCCGUAAAUCAAUUCCAUCUUGCUUCCCAUCGGGAAAAACAUAGUCAUAAACCCGAAUAGGAUCAAAAACCAUAGAGCAAAGAAUAGGUACGGUAUCCAGCUGGUAAAAUCAUAUUUGGUCUGGCAGGCGAAGAGCGUUAGAGCCAGGAAGAGGCCGAGGGUGAGAACGAGCGCUUGGAUGACUAUUCUCGAAUUGUAGAAAGAGGUCACAACGCUGACGGCGUAUCCUUCAAGGAGGGUGAAAAUGCUGAGGAAUAGGAGAUUGCUUGGAUAGCUCUUGCGUUUCCAGUAUGUGAGGAGCAUGAAUACGAGCGCACCAAUAAUAGAGACGAACAUCAUCCAAGCGUUGGAUUGGACCCAUGUCCGGUAGGUAUCGUUGAAGAAAGAGACGGCGCUAAGGCCAGCG